AUUUGUUACUUCGGUCGGCUGCACCUCAACUCACCAUGGCUUCCACCAAGAGUGCUGAUGUCGCCCCGUCUACCACCUCCACCCCGGCAGUGGAAGAAACCGAACAGAAAAUAACUGAGAACGUAGCGGAUCGGGUAGCCAGCCUGCCACUGGUCAGCUCCGCCUACGACAUGGUCUCGGCAGCGUACACCUCUACGAAAGAGAGCCAUCCCUACAUGAAGUCGGUUUGUGACAUGGCCGAGAAGGGAGUGAAGACUAUUGCCUCGGUGGCGGCCACCGGCGCCCAGCCCAUCCUGAACAAACUGGAGCCACAGAUUUCCACAGCGAAUGAAUACGCCUUGAAAGGUUUGGACAAGCUAGAAGAGAAAUUGCCAAUUCUUCAACAGCCAACUGAUAAGAUCAUUUCGGGCACAAAAGACCUGGUCACUGGAGCUAAGGAGGCGGUGAGCUCCACCGUCAGCGGCAUGGUGGACAGAACCAAGGAAGUGGUCCAGGGUGGUGUGGAGAUGACCCGCUCGGCCGUCCAGGGCGGUGUGGACAUGACCCGCUCAGCUGUCCAAAGUGGUGUGGAGAUGACCCGCUCGGCGGUCUCCAGUAGUGUCAACACCGUCAUGGAGUCUUCCGUGGGCCAGAUGGUGUCCAGCAAUUUGGAAGCUGCUCUUGGGAAAUCUGAAGAGAUUGUGGACCACUAUCUCCCCAUGACGGAUGAAGAACUGGCCCAGCUGGCUACCUCCGUGGAGGGCUUCGAAGCUGGCACGGUGGAACAGCAGAAGGAGCAGAAAAGUUACUUUGUGCGCCUGGGGUCCUUGUCCAGCAAACUUCGUCACCGGGCUUUCCAACAUUCCCUGGCCAAGUUGAAAAAGGCCAAGCAGGGCACCCAGGACACCCUGUCCCAGCUGCACCAGACCAUUGAACUGAUUGAACACGUCAAACAGGGGGUUGAUCAGAAGAUUCAAGGGGGCCAGGAAAAGCUCCAUCAGAUGUGGCUGCAGUGGCAGCAAAAACAGUCUCCUAAGAAGACCCAGAAGGAUGCCCCCGAGACACAGGAGAUCGGGUCCCAAGCGCUGGAGGUCUCCCGCGGCCUCACCCAGCAGCUCCAGUCAACUACAACAACGUUGGUCUCCAACCUCCAAGGUCUGCCGGCCGGGCUUCAAGAGAAAGUCGGUCUGGUCCGUCAGAACGUGGAGGAGCUCCGAAGUGCCUUCAUGACCGCUGGGUCCUUCCAGGACCUGUCGGGAUCCAUCCUAGCUCAGAGCCGGGAAAAAGUCGCCAAGGCCCGUCAGUUGACGGAUGAGCUGAUGGAUCACGUGGUACAAAAUGUCCCUCUGACUUGGCUCGUAGGCCCUUUCGCGGCCUCGGGCAAAAAAGAGGAGGAAGGAAUAGAAAUGAAAUAGGAUUCCAAGGAUGUGAGCAAUUUAGAGUAUUGUUAAGUGUAAGAAGGUAUUUUGUUUUGGGGGGGGGUUUGGAGCAAAAAGGAGAAUUAAGCUCGGCUGCCAAUAGUUUAAAUAAAUAUAGAAAUUCUGGGUGCAAAAGCUUUCUCAACCAAGUAAAGCCAAGGGGUUUUUUUUUUUGAUGAUCCAGUUUUCCUAACAUGAUCCAGUGAAAUGUAGUAAAUCGGCAAUUUGGGAGGCAUUUUUUUUC